CUGCAUAUCAGGUCUUGAUCGUCUUGCCACAAAGCUAACCAAAGGUCUCUCUGACAGACCAGCUGAUUUCAGCAAUUUCCUGUACACAAGCAAACAUAUUAAUAGCUUAAAGGGCAGAACUAGUAUACCGUCCUAGAACGGCUCAAAGCAAAAGUCAAACUACAGCCAGUCAAAUAUGGAUAAUCCUUGUUACCAUGGAAGCAUUUCCAAAAAGGCAUGUGAAGAUUUACUUUCAAAAAAAGGGAAGGAUGGCUGCUAUCUUAUACGUGACAGUGAAACAAUUGCUGGAGCACUUUGUCUUUGUGUAUUCAUGCACAGAGUUGUAUAUACUUACCGUAUUCUCCAGAACCACUCUGGAUAUUAUACUUUGCAAACAUGUUCUGGUUUGGAGGAGAAAUUCUUUAAAAAUCUGAAAGAAAUGAUUUCUUAUUAUGAAAAACCCCACAGAGGUCUUGUCAUUCACCUGCGCUAUCCCAUAAAAAGAAAGAAAACAAAAUUAAUUAAACCUGAACCCGAGAAGGAGCCUGAAUAUGCAAACCAACUAGGAGCCUCCAUGCACGCUGAUCCCACAUAUGAAGAAAUCACAGAUGAUGAUUAUGUAGAUGUUUUACCCUAAAAAUUGAGCAGAAUUUUUCUACUCCGAAGACUUCUUAUUAGAAUACAUUGUGUGUACCUCAAGAAUGUUCUCCAGAUGGCAAACAGUGUGUGUUUACAUGCAGACAUAUCCUACAAUGACAUUUGUAAAUAGUUGUUGUUUUUAUGAUUUGAAGAAACGUUCAAGACGGGCACACUGCAUAAUAAAAAAAUGAUGGCCUAAGACAAAUUGCCUGGGAGUUAAGGAUGAAGGAGCACAAAAGACAAGUCAAGAUCUUCACUGCUUGGAAAAAGAAAGCAUUUUCAUAAUGGGAGGAUAAAUGUAUUCUAAUGAAUGCUGUACAGAAGAUUCAGAGAAAAGAGAGGAAAGAAACACGAGGAUAUUUCCUGUGUUCAUGUGGCAGUUGUUAAGGCAGAAAAUAAUUAAGAAUCACCUUAGCUAUACAAUGAAGGUAAAUAUUUAUUCUAUACAUUGGAGUUUAUAGUAAAUUCCAUCACCAUGAAUAAUAGUAUUGCAAAACAAAAGAAAAUGAAAGAACUGCAAAGACCCAUGAGGUAAAGAGGAGUGUACUGCAGUGAAUGCUCUCAAGGAGGUUUUUAAAAGAGCACAGUGAAACAAGGACAUCACUUGGAUUUGAAUACAGUUUUUGUAAAAGCAAUAAUUAAGAAUCAUAUUUUCUACACUUGGGGGAAUUGCUAUUUUUAUAUUGCACCCUUCAUAGUGAGCACCAUUACCAUGGACAGUGAUGUUACAGACAAAGAAAAAAUGUGCAAUAUAAGAAUCGUUCAGAUAUUUAAGGAAACAGAUUUAAGCUAUUGAAACAACAAUCUUUAUAAUUUGAAACUUACUGGUAUACUGAAUGGGCGGCACGGUGGCGCAGUGGUAGCGCUGCUGCCUCGCAGUUAGGAGACCAGGGUUCACUUCCCAGGUCCACCCUGCGUGGAGUUUGCAUGUUCUCCCUGUGUCUGCGUGGGUUUCCUCCGGGCGCUCCAGUUUCCUCACACAGUCCAAAGACAUGCAGGUUAGGUGGACUGGCGAUUCUAAAUUGGCCUUGGUGUGUUUGUGUGUGUCCUGCGGUGGGUUGGCACCCUGCCCGGGAUUGUUUCCUGCCUUGUGCCCUGUGUUGGCUGGGAUUGGCUCCAGCAGACCCCUGUGUUCAGAUUCAGCGGGUUAGAAAAUGGAUGGAUGGAUGGUAUACUCAAAUAUUGUUUUUUUUUUAUACAACUUAAAAAGUUUUUAAAAUCAGUCACCCACUAUGGGUGGGUGGGAUAGCCAAAAAUAUAUCUAAUGGUAAAACACAAAUUGAUACUUUUCAGACUGAAACAUAUUUACCAAAUAUUGUACUAAUUACACACACUGGCUACGUAAACAGAUUCAAUAGCAGGUAUUCACCUCUCUCAAAUCGAUUAAAGUACAGGAUUAUCUCACUCGUCACCCACUCAGACUGCCGCCUCUGCCUAGCAAACAGCACAAGACACAGUUCCUUCCAGCCCUCCCUUUGUUUUCGCAUUGACCCACCAAUCAGGUUGAAGUGCACAGUGCUAUGUGCAAUAGAUAGAUAGAUAGAUACUUUAUUAAUCCCAAGGGGAAAUUCACGUACUCCACCAGCAACAUACAGAUAAAAAACAAUAUGAAAUUAAAGAGUAAUAACAAUGCAGGUAAAACAGACAAUAACUUUGCAUAAUGUUAACGUUUACUCCCCCGGGUGGAAUUGAAGAGUCGCAUAGUGUGGGGGAGGAACGAUCUCCUCAGUCUGUCAGUGGAGCAGAACAGUGACAGCAGUCUGCUGCUGAAGCUGCUCCUCUGUCUGGAGAUGAUACUGUUCAGUGGAUGCAGUGGAUUCUCCAUUAUUAACAGGAGCCUGCUCAGCGCCCGUCACUCUGCCACAGAUGUCAAACUGUCCAGCUCCAUGCCUACAAUAGAGCCUGCCUUCCUCACCAGUUUGUCCAGGCGUGAGGCGUCUUUCUUCUUAAUGCUGCCUCCCCUGCACACCACCACGUAGAAGAGGGCGCUCGCCACAACCGUCUGAUAGAACAUCUGCAGCAUCUUAUUGCAGAUGUUGAAGGACGCCAGCCUUCUAAGGAAGUAUAGUCGGCUCUGUCCUUUCUUACACAGAGCAUCAGUAUUGGCAGUCCAGUCCAACUUAUCAUCCAGCUGCACUCCCAGGUAUUUAUAGGUCUGCACCCUCUGCACAAAGUCACCUCUGAUGAUCAUGGGGUCUAUGAGGGGCCUGGUCCUCCUAAAAUCCACCACCAGCUCCUUGGUUUUGCUGGUGUUCAGGUGUAGGUGGUUUGAGUCGCACCAUUUAACAAAGUCCUUGAUUAGGUUCCUAUAUUCCUCCUCCUGCCCACUCCUGAUGCAGCCCACGAUAGCAGUGUCGUCAGUGAACUUUUUACGUGGCAGGACUCCGAGUUGUAUUGGAAGUCCAUUGUAUAUAGGCUGAACAGGACCGGAGAAAGUACAGUCCCCUGUGGCGCUCCUGUGUUGCUGACCACAAUGUCAGACCUACAGUUCCCGAGACGCACAUACUGAGGUCUUUCUGUAAGAUAUUCCAUGAGCCAUGCCACCACAUAUGAAUCUACUCCCAUCUCUGUCAGCUUGUCCCUAAGGAGCAGAGGUUGGAUGGUGUUGAAGGCGCUAGAGAAGUCCAGAAACAUAAUUCUUACUGCACCACUGCCUCUGUCCAAGUGGGAGAGGGAUCGUUGUAGCAUAUACAGUAGAUGAUGGCAUCCUCCGCUCCCACCUUAAUACUGUUAACCAGGUCAAUUCACUUAUUAAACAAACAACAAGUCCAUACACAGACAGAAAAUCACAUUUCCUGUGUACUUUACAAUGCAUAUUUUUUAUUUUAUGGUUUAAUGGUAAACUUAUGAACACAUUUAUUCUUAGCACACAGGUAGAACUUUAAAAAAUCAGUACCAGAAGAAUUCCGUCUGGUAUAUCGGAUUCAUCAGCAUGUUGUCCAACGCUAGUGAAUAUCAUCAGCCAGGGCUGCAGUUUAGUUAUUUACUGAUGUGUUGCGCCGUUUUGCCUCUCUAGCCAGGAAGCUACCAGUGGGAGAAUGAAAAGGGGCCAUUGGCACUGGCUAAACUGUACAAGACUGUUGUCCAGUAACAGCACACUCCACCACUGAAAUACGAGGAAAGACAAGAAGUACACAUGGUGCCAACCACAGGCCUUAAAAGUGACCUUUCCAAAAGCAUCCUUUCCCUGGGGCUGCUUCUGUUGUAUCGUGGGAAAUAGUAUCUGUUGUCUCUGUCGGGUCACACAGGAAAGAGGGCAGGCCUGCUGCUCCAGGGUGUUUAGGUUUCAUGUAGAUGACGAGUGUGUGUACACCACACCUUAGCCACUAACCUCACACUAAUUUAACUAAACUCUUCAAAUGGGCUUUGUGUAUCAUGUAUGUGUGUGUAAAAAGAGAUAUCACAACCUUAAACUAUAUCCUCAAAGUAAAAACAAUUCAAAUGCUGCAGGGACAGUCUGGCUGUGACACAACCUACCCAGCCAAGACUGUAAGGCCAGAACUCAACUGGACAUUAUUUUUUCAAACUUUUUAAGAAAUACAAGUCAUGCAAAUGAAAUUUAAAAAAAUAAAAGUGAACGUUGGUAAAAUACAGUUUUUUUAUAUUCCAUGUUAUUCCAUUGUUGUAACAAUUUAAGCUAAAUUAAUCCCAUAACUGUCUUUAAGAACGAUGGUAGCUGUUGGCCUUUUCUGUAAAAAGAAUGAAAUCUGAACUGCGUUAGAAUGCACAGACUCAAAGACUUGGCUUCAGCUCCUGCCUUGCAUGAUGCUUGCAUGUUCUCCACAUGUCACAUCCAACACACUUUCACAUAAAGUCAAUUGACAGCUCUAAAUUGGCUCAGUAAGGGUACUGAGUGCUGGGAGGGACUGGUAUUCUGGUCCAGAUUUGGUCCCUGCCUUGUGCCAGGUAUUUCUGGGAUAGUUUUCCAUUUUACUAUGAACCAGUAAUGAGGACAGGGUUGCAGAAUUUUUAAAAUGGAUCAAUGAGGUGUGUGUAUAGAUUGCAAACAGUACUAAAAAGAAAUAGAAUCAGAAGAAGCAAAAGCAAUAUUAAGAAGUUAAACAGAAAUGUGGAGCAUGCGUAUAGCUAUAGGACUUACUUUGAGAAGUGAAUAGUAGAAGUACUAAUACAUUAAAGAGUAUUUUUUUAAAUGUCAGUAUCUUGUAUAGAUGUCUAUUGUAUAAUUGUUGUUCAUAUUUAUUUAAAAAUUGUAUGUAUUGGACACAUUUUAAAUUAAUUUACUAUUAAUAAAGAAUAUAUGAC